GCUCACAUUUCCUGACUGUCCUCCUACACAAGCAGAAGUUCCUAAAAGCCUGGUUCAAGCCCCUGGCGGGAUGGAAGCAGGAGAAGCAGCUCUUCUGCCUGGAUUUGGCUGGAAUGGGUAUUUAAGCAAUGAGACCAUACCAGACAGCCACUGGUCAAACACAACCACAGACACAUGGCUGGGUGCUGCCAAUUCGAGUGAGUACCCAUAUGAGUACCUGGAUGAGGAGGAUUAUGAGCUCUAUGGCCUCUGCACAAAGGAGGAGGUGCUCUCCUUCAGCAGGGUGUUCCUGCCCUCAUUUUACACCGUGAUCUUCCUGGUUGGAAUGGCUGGGAAUGCCCUCCUCUUUACUGUCCUCCUCAUGUACAUCAAGAAGAAAAAGAAGAUGACUGAGCUGUAUCUGCUGAACCUGGUGGUUUCAGACUUCUUCCUGCUACUGACUCUUCCUUUCUGGGCUCUGCACAUUUCUCAGUGGGUCACCUGGGACAUCUUGUGCCCAUUCUUAAACGCCAUGUACACUCUGAAUUUCUACAGUGGCAUCUUUUUUGUGAGCUGCAUGAGCCUGGACAUGUAUCUGCAGAUAGUUCAUGCUUGCUCUCCUCACAGCUCCACGGUGUGGAGGAAUUCCAUCCUCAUCUUGUUGGUGAUGUGGAUCCUUUCCAUAGCUCUCUCCAUUCCUGAUGGCCUCUUCACCAGCACAAGGCAGAUUCACAACAAAACCAUCAUGUGCACCCAGGAUUAUGGCCAGGAACACUUAUUUUGGAAAGUUGUGUUUCGGGUGAUUCAAAAUACCCUGGGGUUCCUUCUCCCCUUCCUCUUCAUGACGUUCUGCUACUCCCGCAUCGUGUGUGUCCUCAACACCUCUCAGAUACCUGGCUCCAGGAGAGCUCUCUGCUUAGUCCUUACUCUGGUGGGGGUCUUCUUUGUGCUCUGGUGUCCUUACAACAUCGUGCUCAUCCUCCACUCCCUACAAGAUGUUGGUGUGAUCAGGAGCUGUGAAAGCAGUAGGAAACUGGACUAUGCCCUGCAGAUCACAGAGAGCUUGUCCUUUGUCCACUGCUGUCUCAACCCCUUGCUCUAUGCUUUUGUGAAGAAACGGUUCAGGGCGUAUUUGUGGAAGAUCCCUCAGGCCAUUUUCAGGAGAGGAGCUUUCUUUUCCAUCCAGGACUCCCAGACGAGCCCAUCUUGCAGCAGAUACACAGCUCAGAUAGAAAUGUUGAGCAUCACAAAUGCAUCAUAAAUACUGACAUAAUUUACAUUGUGUGUGUGCCCUCUGUGCUGUAUUUUACCAGUCCUGCCCAUGAUGGAGUUGGUGUGAGCCCACAGCACUGUGUAACCAGAUAGUUCAUCCUAGCAACAGCCUUGAGAUGAGGACUUUCCAUACUGGGAUUGGAAAAGUACGUUUGGGACCUCUUUCUGUUGCAAGUGGAAUUAUUAUGAAAAGAUUGUCCUGGAUUUACACUAGUGGAAGAAACCCAGUCUCCAUCUGGAGUAUGUGAGGCAGUAGCAAAUAAAGAAGCAGAUUUCUCAAUGUUGUGCCUUAAAAAUGCAAACUGAAACUUGAGAUUCUCCUCCUCCCUGGCACGGGCUGAGGAAUGGAUUUCCAUGCUCAUCCAUCAGAAACACUGCCAGGGGAUGGCUUUGCUUCUCCUGGCUCUUACCAUUUCCUAGGUGAUUUAACCAGGAUAAUCUCACUUUCUACCAGGACAUACAACAGGAAGGACUGGAUACCUUUAAGCUGAGUUGUUCUCUGUUCUGAUGAGCUGUGCCACACUGGGACCUGCUGGUCAGGGAGCUGAGUUUCCAAGGGGUAGAGCCUGGGUUAGAGAUCAGUUCAAUCAUCAGCUGGUUUGAGAUCAGUUUGAUCAGAACAAAGUCCAGACCAGUAACAAUCAGUGGGAAAAAGAUAAAGAGUGUGCUCAGCAGAACAGUGGUGGAGGUAUUUGCCUUCCAAGAUCCAGUUUGACAAGAUAAAAAGGUCCGUGGCUACUACUUGUAAAUAUUGGCUUUGAAACACCACAGACUGAGAGCACGGCCUGCACAGAAGAGCACAGAGAGCUGAUGGUCAAUCCUUAUUACCCAGUGCAGCUUUGGAGUUCAAUGUUCUGAGUUGCUGACUUUUCUUUAAAGCAUUAUUCACCCCAAAUACUCCUGAACUUUAAAUGGUCUCUUUCCAUCCUGAAAACCUAUUAAGUCUGGAAGUUGCCUAGAGAUGUACAAAUAAAAUUAUUAAUUUAAGAGAAAGCACUCAUCACCUUUAUUUUAUUACUACAUAAGGUUACAGGACUGAGAAGGGCUUUGAGUUGAUCACUGCUGUUAUUUUUCUUCCCAGCAUUGUUACAAUGUUUUUCCAAAAUUGUAAGGUUGGGAGCUUUCCCUAAAAAAAACAAAGCCAGAAUAAAUAUUUAGCUGAUGCUAUGAUAUGGCCUUCACUCCAUGGGUCAGGUCACUGGAGGGAAUAUGGAAAGGGACAGCAGCUGGGAAGCUAAAAAGAAGAUGAAGAUUGUGAUCUCAGACAGAAAGGCUCUUGGGACUGUGGCAAACUUAUGAUGGGAUGCUCUAGGGAAGAGCAAAGGUGAGGAAAUGGAGAGGAGUUAACGUCACUCUUCAUCCUGCAUGAGAAGAGGUUCCAGCACCAGCAGCUGGCACAGGCUGUGGUGACAGUCUGGGUAGAUCAGGGUGGCAGCACCCAGAGGAGCAGUGCCAGGUGAGACAGGGGUCCCUGGCAUUGUCCCCAAACCCCAUCUGGAGAGAGGUAAUGGGAGUUUGAGAAGCAGAAGGGAAAGUGGUAAAGCAGAAGUGCUGUGGUCCCUAUGGACACUGCUCCCCAGCCAGGGGCUUGGUGGGACAUUUGGAGACUCUGGACUCCUCUGCUGCCAGACGCAGUGGCUCAAGCUCUCCUCCCUUGUGGGCAGCUCAGCUGCUUUGCUUUGCACUCAGACAGAGCAGUAGCACUUGAACUGUUCAUUGGCAAAGCACUCCUGCACACCACGUGCUGUGGAGAGCACCAAAAUGUCAGAGACUUUUCCUUCUCUUGGCUUUUGAGACCUGAUCAGCUCAGCUGUGACCCCCUUUCCUUGGUCCUGUGCUUAUUUCCAACAACCACUCUUGGUUUCAUUUUUUUUCAGUGGGUGUCCACAGCCUAGUCUUAAAGGCAGAAAUCACAGAGUGGGAUUCUCUGAACCUUUUCCUUACAAAAUCUGGGCUCCAUGCGGCCUGGAGAAAUUUGCCUCGUGCCAAAACCCAUCCCCCUAAUAUCCA